CAGUACCGCGCUCGAAUCGCAUUCGUUUGCUGGAGUCUGUGCGCGCUGCGGGGCCACACUGCGCCGCUACGGAGGACACACAAGCACUGUGAAACGGGAAUAGGGAACGGAAAACGCCACGGUAGCAGAGCACAGGGGAUACGUAACCCCCCUUAUCAAAUAUAAAUCGCAGAUUGACAAAUAAAGGACACGGACUCUUGGAAAUAAGAAGAUCAUCAAGAAAAUCUCGAACGAAAAUAUUUUAGCCACCACGGCGAGGGAACAAUGAAGGAUCGUACGCAAGAACUACGAAGUGCUAAGGACAGCGACGAUGAUGAGGAAGUUGUCCACGUGGACCGAGAAAAUUUCAUGGAUGAGUUCUUCGAACAGGUGGAGGAGAUCCGUGGCUGUAUAGAGAAGCUCUCUGAGGAUGUGGAGCAGGUGAAGAAGCAGCACAGUGCCAUCCUGGCGGCGCCCAACCCUGACGAGAAAACCAAGCAGGAGUUGGAGGACCUUACAGCUGACAUCAAGAAGACAGCCAAUAAAGUUCGCUCAAAAUUAAAAGCAAUCGAGCAGAGCAUUGAGCAGGAGGAGGGCAUGAACAGAUCAUCCGCAGACCUGCGAAUCCGGAAGACACAGCACUCGACGCUGUCACGUAAGUUUGUGGAGGUCAUGACUGAGUACAACACCACGCAGUCCAAAUACAGAGACCGCUGCAAGGACCGCAUCCAGAGGCAACUGGAGAUCACUGGGAGAACAACCACCAAUGAGGAGCUGGAGGACAUGUUGGAGAGUGGCAAGCUGGCCAUUUUCACUGAUGAUAUCAAAAUGGACUCCCAGAUCGACAAGCAGGCCCUCAACGAGAUCGAGACUAGACACUCCGAGAUCAUGAAACUGGAGACCAGCAUCCGCGAGCUCCACGACAUGUUCCUGGACAUGGCCAUGCUGGUGGAGAGCCAGGGCGAGAUGAUUGACAGAAUCGAGUACAACGUGGAGCACUCAGUGGACUAUGUGGAACGGGCAGUGUCUGACACCAAGAAGGCCGUGAAAUACCAGAGCCAAGCCCGCAAGAAGAAGAUCAUGAUCAUAAUCUGCUGUGUCAUUCUCGGAGUCGUCCUGGCGUCCAGUAUCGGUGGAACCCUCGGCUUCUAGACGAGAAGGAAGAAAGACGAACAACAAGAAAAAAAACAUUGAGAGAAAUAUAUCACAUACAAUACGAGAUAAGGGAACUGUUAUUAAGGGGGUUGGGUGGGGUUGAAAAAACAAAGACAAAAAAAAGCUAACAAACAAACACCACACGCUAGCUGACUUAAUACAUGCUGUAUACAAACAUGUGGGUACAAGCAAACAUAAUACAAUGUACAUGUAAAUGUAUUGAACAUAAGAACAUAAGAAACAGCACAUGGAUUAGCUCCCUGUAAAGAAAUAUGUCGUACAAACAUUUUUCUUUCUUUAUUUUUUAAACUGUUUCUUUCGUUUUUCGGGGGUCUCCAGGAUAGUGCCAGAUAUUGCUAAAUUGUUUGUGUUCCUACGAAGUCGAGGUUUUUAUUUGAAGGGUUGCAUUCUCGUGUUUGUUGCACAAACGUAACGGUAGAGUUUUAAUGAGAGGGACUUGUGUAGCUGACAUCACACAGACACUUCAGUCACGUUUCGUCGGGAGGGAUUUCCGAUUCUCCAGAACGCUCCCAAACCAUUGUUUCUGACUGUCCGUCAUUGGCCAGUCUAACUAGUCCAGUCGUGAAUCACCAGAACCCAGAUAGUAGUUGGUAUGGGACAGGUUCUGUUCCCAUGACCUGGUCCAGAAUCGGACUCAACAGCUGCUAUCAGGGUUUUGGUGAGAAAGAAAAAAAAAAAAAAAGACUCGCAUCAUGGCCUCCAAAUCUCUGCACCUUUGUUUCAUUCGACCAAUAUAGAGCUUUUUACUUAAUAAGCACACCGCUGAAUGAAUGGGGAACAGGCCAUUUUGAAGUGUCCCCAAGCAUACAGACCCCCCCCCCCCCCCAUGGGGCAUGACCCUAGCGGCAGGUCUCAGCAUUACACCACCACACAGGCCCAGGUUUCCAGUACGAGAAACAGAAAGACAAGACUGUCUAUGUGCCUCGGGCCAAAUCUGUAAAAUGUUGCAUUUCUGAAAUAACAAGACGAGGUACAACCAUGUGCCGAUAAGUUGAACUAUGCAGUUUUGACAUAAUAGCAAAGAAUGACGAGAGUCAUGCCCCCACCCACACACCCCACCCCAAUUCCACAAACUGAAGGGUUGAACCUCCAGUGCCGCACUUGGUGAAAACCCCGAGAGAGAAAAUGUGUGUCAACGAGAACAUUUUAGCUUUUGACGCUGUUCUAAAGAUAUUUCUGAAAAUGAAGAACGUUUAAAAGUACAGAAGAAAACCUAAAGGAAUUUCAAAAACUUGAAAACGUUUGGCUAGCCUUGGUGUAGUCCUGUAUCGUCUUGCAGACGUGCUUUGUGCUGAUGUGGUCAUGUAGUCCAUGACGUGUCUUGUGACUAAUAGUCUUGCCUCAGUUUUGCAUUUCAAUGUUUCUUUCCACCUUAUUUUACCCAUAGUACCUCUUGGACGGUUGGUGAAAGUGAUGUUGAUAUAUAUGAAAAUGCAUAUAGAUAUAUAUACAUAUAUAGACAUAAUAUAUGUACCACUCCAAUGAAGUUUUAUUUUUCCUAGCAGAGGUAUAGCCUACAACACAAUACUCAAAUAUACUACUUCAAGAUCCAGAUUUAAGACUCAAACAUACUACUUUAUUAUAAAUCUUAUUUAACUAGACAGUGCAAACGUUCAAGUGAUGGUUCAGAUGUUUUGGAAAGUUAUUUUCUAAAUUCUCGACGUAUUAGGCUGAAAACUUGCAACAUCUUGGUGCUACUUAGUUUUCCCUGCGUGAAGGACAACACCUUUCUGUCUUCUCCAAACACCCCAAAACUCAACCUCCUCUGCUGCAUGUGGCGAGAUGGCUGUAUAGAAGUGCAGGUCAUCAAAAGCCACUGGGUGUCCGAUGGAGAGAGUGGUGAGUCCUGCGGUGACCUGCCUGUACUGAAGGACACCAAAUGCAGGACUAUCAGAGCUAAUGCUAAAGCAACGCUAACUCAAGCUGAAGGACACCAAAUGCAGGACUAUCGGAGCUAAUGCUAAAGCAACGCUAACUCCAGCUAACUCUAUACUGAAGGACACCAAAUACAGGACUAUCAGAGCUAAUGCUAAAGCAACGCUAACUCGAGCUAACUGAAUGACGGUGCUCCAGCUCUGUUAUCUCAGUCCAGCGGAAGCCAAUUGGGCCAAGUGAGCUUCUUAGGCCACCAUUACCUCGGCAUUCCGUGUAGCAAUGGUGUGGAGUCGAAAAUGUUUUGUUUUCAUUUUUUUCCCCCACAGACUACUCACUCAUAGGAAAGGUGUUUUCAAAGAGUACAAACACACACAUACACAUCAAGUAAAAUUUAAAAGCCAGCAAUAUAUUCUUUUUUAAAGACAAACCUCAAGAAACCAUGUCAGCUAGUUUCGUAAGGUUUCACAGAUUGUGCUUCCCAUUAAUGUUAAUGUGUCUGGAAGCCAUCUUGACCAUCAUUAAGAGCAUGGUUGAACUUUUAUAUCUAACCGUUAAGCAAAAGAAAUAGCUGGCAUGUGGCUUGUAAUUUAAAAAGAAUAAACGUGUGCUUCUUUGUAUGCCGUGUUGAAAAUGUCAACAUCUGUUAAUUGUAGUGUGUAUUUGUUGAAUGAUAACUAAAAAAAAUAAGAGCCAGCACUAUUCACAGCCAUUUCAAGGCUGAAAUUCCUUACCAAACUUAAGUACCAACCAUAACUGACAAAUCAGUAGAGCAGUCAACGUUUUGUCUGUUCAGCCCAAUUAACUAAUCCUUAAAAACAAUCUAAUCAUGCUUAGAAUUCCCUUCUAUUUCUAAGGCAUGGUCAGACUCUGAUGCGAUAUCACUAUUGUGUCCCUGCCUGUUUGUGUCACCCAAAUAGGGUCUAACAUGGAAACCCUCCCAGCGAAACAGACCAGAUUUAGUCAGUGAGAACCAACCAUGGCAUCUGACGAAUCAGGCACACAGAAGAGGAAAAUGAGUAUUAUAUUCAAUACAUUUAACAGUGAUCAACAAAGGGGGCACGAGACUGUUGUCCUCUCACAUGCUGUCUAUGGGAAAGCAUGUUUUCUUUGAAGUUUCUGUGUAUUUAGAGUCCAGCCACUUACAUGUAUGGUUAAAAUGGCGUUAUAUCUAUUUAAUCUAUGUGGUUGUGGGAUUUUUUUUGUUUGUUUGUUUUGUUGUGUUUUUGUAAUUCCUUUUUAUUUAUUUUUUGUUGAUUUGUUUAAAAAAAAUGGAUUUUACGGCUUGAGAGCCCUUAUCUGUUAAGGCAUGCAACUUUCGGCUUUGUGAGUUUGCAUGAUGGUUUCCGCUCUCGAUCGUGUGUGCACUUUACAAUCAAAGAAAACACUGUCCCUCGUCAUCACUCGUCCAUGCCCAGCUAACGUCAGGCUCUGCGGCUGAUCUGGUUCACAUUCCGGUGGACUAGUCUACAGUCGUUCUGUUCUGCGUUGUGGGGAUGAUUCAUUCCUUUAGGCUGUAGAUUUACUUUCCAAGGGUGAGGUUGGAUGGGAAAGGGGACUUCUGUUCUUUUUAUUAUUCAAAUUUGUUUUUAUUUUUGUAGUUAUCACACUCUGCACACUCUGGUGAUUCGUCUCAUUACAAGUCGAUCCAAACCCAAAAGCCCAAUUCAGAAUUCAUGGCGGCUACCGUACAGUGUGUGUGAGAGUGUGUGUGUGUGUGUGUGCGCAAGGUUAGAUGCUCAGUUAAGAGUAUUUAGCCAGAGUGUGUUCUAGCUAGGGGCAGAGGGGCUGCUGGAAAAGUGAGGUCCUCCUUGAUACCUGCGCACGAUCUCCAUUCCCGUGGCCACAGCCCCACUCCAAAAAUAAUAAACAACACAAACAAAAACAACAACAACAACAGAACAUUCCAUUCGGACGUCCUGUCUGUCAUCCCCACCCAACAUUACCAUCCCCACUCCUCCUCGCCCUUCUCCAUCCGUGCUUGUUGUGCUUUUCUGGUGAUGUGUGCGUUUUUUGGCAUAAGAAUUUGAAAAAUUUCAAAAAGAAAAAAAAAAAGAAAAUCGGAGAAAAGUCUCCUUAUCGUGAGUCUUGAGCUGCAACUGUGAUUGGUGAGCUGUGAGGCCUUUGUUUGUGCCCCACCCAACCCCCGCCCACCCCUCUUAAAAACUCCCACACUAACAAAAGCGGUGUUUGUGUAUGUGCAUGCAUGAGCCUAUCUGUGUGUGAAUGUAAAUGUGAGUGUAUGUGCCUGUGUGUUUGUGUUUGUGUGUGUGUGUGUGUGUGUGUGUGUGUGUGUGUGUGUGUGUGUGUGUGUGUGUGUGUGUGUGUCUGUGUGUGUGUGUGUGUGUGUCAUCACACCACAAAAGCGAGCGAGCAGGCUUACAAACUUACUUCUGCUGCAGGUCUGUGGGGCCAGCCAAGGCCAGCAAGUUUCACAUUAGUGUCAGAGACUAAACGAGGAAAUGGGACUCGAACAUAUGAAUAAAAGUUUCUUUAAAGAGCCAAAGCAUUCUCACCCCCUCCCACCCCUCAUUCUCAUUGGCCAAGCAUUCUCACCCCCUCCCACCCCUCAUUCUCAUUGGCUGUUUUUCAGGUUGUCACCCUCCUAUAAAGGACUAUGGAAAACUAAUAAGAGCCCUUAAAGCCACUAUCGUCACCAUCAUUAAUAUCUUUCUCCUAUCCAGAGCAAAUACCUAGCUGUGCCAUGUUUACCUAAUGGGUUUUAACUUUUUUUGAACUCUCUCUCUCUCUCUCUCUCUAUAUAUAUAUAUAUAUAUAUAUAUAUAUAUAUAUAUAGUCAUCCACAUAUAAAUAUUGUACCUAUGAUUUUUUUUAUUUGUGUGACUUAUGUUAAGUACCAUGUUUGUGGCUUAUCUAUGCUCAUCUUUAUGUAGGCAAAAAUGUAUGAUUAUUUUGCAUUAAUGAAUUAGUCCGACUGGCUCUGGCUCUUUCAGAGCUGUUUCUGUUUUGGCUGUGCUCGCCAAACUUUGGUGAAAUUAAGGAUCCUGGCCUGGAUUAACCAAAGUUAUGUUGUGUGCUGUGUCUCCUUUAUUUAUUGUUUUGUUUUUGUUUUGUUUUUUGCUUUUAUUUUAUUUAUAUGUAUGCCAGACUGUCACAACUGGCUUGAUAGGCAUAGAAAGAGUAUGUGGAAAAAAGAGAAAUUAUUUGUUAUUUUUAUUUACCGAUUAUUCUUGAAAAGAGUGAAGGGAAGAGGAGGGCGUGGUUGAGUUAUGUCCUGUGGGGUUGCCAAAAGCCAUUUUAGAGCAACUAGCGUAGAUUCAGGAAAACCAACACCUCAACAAAGAGUCUUGCUACGUGGGAAGUUUGCCGUUCCUGCAACGUGACUUCCUGAAGAACUUUAUCAUACGGCAAAAUGAGAUUACCUUUGCCUUACGGGAAUGCCUCUCUGCAAGUAUUUUGCCUUACAUCUUGGGUAUCUUUGGUCGCAUCAAACAGGCAAAGCAAUGACACACAACCCACAAUUACACAACCCGCUCCAACAAACAAAAAUAAAUAAAUAGAUAGAUACAUAAAUAAAUAGAUUAAAAACAAAUAGACAAGUAAACUUCUGAAGCGUCUGCACAUUCUAGACAUCAGCAUCCUCAUCUGUCGAUAUCUUUUGUCGUGGCUUGCUCCUCUAACAGCACCAAACAAAGCCCCUUCUGAUUGGAGUUUUGUUUCUGAUUGCCUUUUUUUUUCUUUUUUUUUUUUUUUUUUAUAUCCUGGGGGAACAUGAUACUCUAGUGUACACCAUCCUGAACCACAGUAUUUAUUUCAAUCAGUGUUAUGAUUUGGAGGGGGGUGGGGGGAUGGGGCGGGUGUAGGGAGGUUAGGAGCUCAAGCCCUAGACAGCCACUCAACAGUUGGCUUGGCCUGCACGGUCAUCACAGCUGUCUAAUCGAAUAGAAACAAUUAUUCAUAGUACUUAAAUAUGGGAAAGGCUGAAAUGUUGGAGAAUUAAAAAAAAAAUGAGUGAAAGUGCAACAUGUUUGAGUAAUAACUAUGUGCAAGUUGAGGGACUAUGUAACUGCAAUGAUCUGAAAUGAAAUCACGAGGAGUUGUGUUAUCAAAAAUAAUAGUAGUAAUAUUGAAUAUUGAAUGCUCGCAAUUUUGUCAAACUGACUGGAUCUUUGUGUCUUGUAAUUAUUGUAAAUAACUUCAAAGAGAGAAAAAUGACUUGCAUGUCCAUGUAUAAAACCUACUGAGAAACGGUUCCGGUCCAAGUUGUGACGCUGUUCAGUUGCUGCCCUGGCUGUGCCACCCUCCUAGUGCACGUUGGAGAGCACGUGCCGACGCCAUGUUUCUUUUCCUCUGUGUGUCUGAGUGUUUAGUUCAGUCAGCCAAUAAAGAAUAGGGGGCGACCACAGCCGUCAGACUCGCUCAAUAAUAAUGUGACGUUUUUGUUAGCUCGGAGGGCCAAGGCGUGCCAUUUUUGCACGUCAGUACCUCUGAGGAAAAAGUGCUUCCCUCCAUUUACAGGUUUAACCAGGCUGUCAAGAUAUAUACCACGUUGUGUCAUGUCCGUUGUGGUUUCUAGGCUUCCAGAUUUAGUCCAAUUGCGGUAACUGUCUUUACCUUCGACGCUAACUAGGGAGUAAGCCCAACCCGACUAUGUUUAUUUGGUCGUCUGGCCAAGGAGUGCCCUCUGUCCCCUACCCUGGUGUCUGUUGUGUUAUGAGUGGAGGAGAGGCCUAUUUUAUGGUGCAGAAGUUAGUUUUCUCAACAAUAUUUUAACGAGAUUCUGAAAGUUCUUAAAGUAGGAGGUCAUGUGCACAACAAGGAAAGCUAAUCCUCGCAACAUGACUUUUUUAUGUUUUGAAUAAAAGUAGUUGUUUUAGGAGUAAAAAAAGUAGUUUCAUAUUUAGCUUAGUCUUUCUUGUGACUUCAGUGUGAGAGGGAGACCGCUUGUUGUGCUUGUGAGCACGGUCGACUGAUAUGAGGCAACCCAAAGACGUCAGGCCAGGCCAUGUACAAACGGACAAGCAGCAGAUGAGAUUGGCUCUCUGAAGUAAUAAAAAAUCCAUUUAUCUGUGCAAUACAAAGAAAAAGGGCUUUCUCAAACAAGAAAAAAGAACUGGUGGGAAAAAGCACUGGCAGACCGUGACCACUUUUGCUGUCUCUGUGGCAAGGAGGAAACCAUAGUGGACAUAGCUUUAAAACGUUAACCAGACUCUUACCACUAUUUGCAAGAAUUUGUUCCACUACAGCUGAUAUGAGAUGGGUGAAAUGGCCAGGGUAGACCUGUCUGACAUAAAGAAGUUGGGGUGGGGGGGGGGGGGAGUUGUUUUAGAGACGUUGAGGACGACUGAACAGCUGGCCAGCAACUUCGACUGGAAUCGCAACUUGUGUCCCGUUUUUUUUGUGUGUGUGUAUGUGUGCGUACCGUAUUGUAAA